GGAAGAGAGAGAGAGAGAGAAAGGUGGAAUCAGAAGGUGGGCCAGGUGGGACAGUAGCAUGAGUUCGUAUUUCGCGAAUUCGUACAUCCCGGACCUGCGUAAUGGCGGGGUGGAACACCCGCAUCAGCAUCAGCAGCACUACGGUGCGGCCGUCCAGGUGCCCCAGCAAACGCAGUCGGUGCAGCAACAGUCCCAGCAGGCCGGCGACCCGUGCGACCCCGGCCUCCUGCGCCAGGGCGUCCCCGGCCACCAUUACGGGGCGGCGGGCAGCCAACAAGAUAUGCCUUAUCCGAGGUUCCCGCCCUACAAUCGGAUGGACAUGCGUAACGCGACGUAUUACCAGCACCAGCAGGAGCACGGGAGCAUGGACGGGAUGGGUGGUUACAGGUCGACCUCGCCCAGCCCCGGCAUGGGCCACAUGGGGCACACGCCGACCCCCAACGGGCACCCGUCCACCCCGAUCGUGUACGCGAGCUGCAAGCUUCAGGCGGCAGCGGUCGACCACCAGGGAAGCGUGCUCGACGGGCCGGACAGCCCGCCGCUGGUCGAGUCGCAGAUGCACCACCAAAUGCACACGCAGCACCCCCACAUGCAGCCGCAGCAGAGCCAGCACCAGUCGCAACAGCAGCAACACCUUCAGGCCCAGCAGCAGCACAUGAUGUACCAGCAGCAGCAGCAGACCCAGGCGGCCUCGCAGCAGUCGCAGCCGGGCAUGCAUCCCCAACAGCAGCCCCAGGCUCAGCAACACCAAGGGGUGGUCACGUCGCCGCUCAGCCAGCAACAACAGGCCGCGCCUCAGGGCGCGGCCAGCGCCAACCUGCCGAGCCCGCUCUACCCGUGGAUGAGAAGUCAAUUCGAGAGGAAACGAGGCCGGCAAACGUACACCCGAUACCAAACCCUCGAGCUCGAGAAGGAGUUCCACUACAACCGAUACCUGACCAGGCGGCGUCGCAUCGAGAUCGCGCACGCGCUCUGCCUUACCGAGCGGCAAAUCAAAAUCUGGUUUCAAAACAGACGGAUGAAAUGGAAGAAGGAGAACAAGUCGAAGGGUACACCCGGCUCGGGCGACGGGGACACCGAGAUCUCGCCGCAGACGUCGCCGCAGGGUUGAGAGAUCCCCGAGGAGUGGAACUUCCAAAGAGGUCUCAUCUCUCUCAGGGUCGUUAAUACCUUGUUUCCACCACUACCUCCUCCCCCGUACACACACGCAUAUACACACAUAUAUACACACACGCACAAUACACCUCCUUCGAAAAGAAAGAAGAAGAA